AUGCCUGGAAUUGUUGAAGAGUCUCCUAUCGAGAUAGCCAUCGUUGGCGGUGGCAUUAUCGGCCUCUGCCUCGCAGCCGGCCUCAUCAAGCAAGAUGUCAAGGUUAAGGUUUACGAACAAGCUAAAGGCUUCCGAGAGAUCGGCGCCGGUAUGGCCUUCACGGCUAACGCUAUACGAUGCAUGGGAUUGAUGAACCCGGAUAUUGCCAGUGCUCUCAGAUCUGGUGGCUCCGUCGCCACAUCUCUAGAUAAGGACGAUCCGAACGAUUACUUACGAUGGACUGACGGAUACAACAAACGUCGAAAGGACGACCCCACGUACCAACCACUUCUCUACAAGAUCGAUGCUGGGUACAAGGGAUUUGAGGGCACUCGACGUGAUCAGUUCUUAGAGGCAUUGGUGAAGGUUAUACCCCAAGAUAUUGUCGAACUCAAGAAGCGUUUGGAUACCAUUGAGGAAAAGGGUCCAGAUGGGAGGGUCCAGCUCAAGUUCACUGAUGGAACGACGGCGGUGGCCGAUGCCGUUAUUGGGUGCGAUGGUAUCAAGUCGCGGGUUAGGGAAAUCAUGUUCGGAAGUGAUAACCCGGCCUCCUAUCCGCAUUAUACCCACAAAGUCGCAUAUCGCGCCCUGGUACCGAUGGAGAAGGCGAUCCAGGCCCUAGGCGAGUACAAGGCCAGAAACCAGCACAACCACGUGGGCCCCAACGCCCACCUAAUCCACUACCCCGUCGCCAACCAGACGAUGGUCAACGCGACGGCCUUCCUCUCCGACCCCAACGAGUGGCCGGACGACAAGGUGACCGUCAUGCCGGCUCUGCGCAAGGACCUCGAGGAGUCGUUCGCCGACUGGAACCCCCGCCUCAUGGCGCUGAUCCAGCACUUCCCGGAGAAACUAGAUAAGUGGGCCGUCUACGACACCUGGGACUUCCCCGCCCCCUUCUUCAACAAGGGCGUCGUCUGCCUCGCCGGCGACGCCGCGCACGCGUCGAGCCCGCACCACGGCGCCGGCGCGUGCUGCGGCAUCGAGGACGCGCUGUGUCUCGUGACGCUGCUCAGGCAGGUUAAAGCCUCGCUGAGGGGGGGAGAGGGCUCGGCGGCGACGAAGAAGGAGGCGCUGACGUCCGCGUUCGAAGUUUACAACGGGGUCCGGCGCACGCGCAGCCAGUGGCUGGUCAACAGCAGCCGUCGCGUGUGCGACCUGUACCACCAGCCGGAGUGGGGCCACGAGCAGAAGUGGAUCAAGGCCGAGACGUGCUUCGAGGAGAUCAAGGACCGGUCGCUGAAGAUCUGGCAUUUUGACUAUGAUGGCAUGAUUAAGCAGACGGUCGAGGAGUACGCGAAGAAGGUGUCCUCCUCGAAGGCGGGUGCAGCGAAUGGCAAGGCGAACGGGAAUGGGAAUGGGACUGCGAAGGUUAACUUUUACAAGUAA